UGGAAAACAGAAGAGCAUGAUGUUGCAUCUUCCAUUUGAUUUCUUUAGCAUCUUGUUUACAUGAUAGUCUCGACUUCUUUUUGACAUGCUAUGCAUGCACCUCAAACUGACACGUUUAUUUCAACACAAAAGGAUGACAACUGUAUUUUAAGUGACUUAAAAGUAGAGAGGUCCUCUGUCAUCAGAGCCACCGGAAGCUGUCCGACUGUCGUUCCUGUGGUCUUGUGUUUCCUGUUCACUGGCGGGAAGAGCGAAAGAAUCUGGACCAUCGGUCAGUUUUCAAAACGCACGUUGCUUUUUACAAUUAUUAUUAGCGCAGUUUCAAUAACUUAUGAUAAACCGAAUUCCACAUGAUUUGGAUACAUAUAUUAGGUUGACCUGUGCUUAUAGUUUAAAGGGUUUUGAAGCGCGAAACCGAUGGAGGAGCCCGCUGACUCCGUCCGUGGCGGGGCAGCACAGGGCCCCACCGCGCAAGUGGCAGAGAUCCGCUGCCCAAUGGCAGCGCGCCCUAUGCGGCUGCUGGAAUGGAAAGUCAAACCAGGGUCCCUCGUCAAUGUGGACUCGGUGUUGGGGUUAUGUGUUCCCAUCCCGCUGGAGAAAGAGGCCGGGUCUCAGCCGCCAGAACAACCCAAAAGGCUGCAAGAGAAGAAACUGAAAUCGGAUCGAGCUGGAGUGGUGAAGGACCUAUGUUGUCUACUUGGACAAGUCAUAUCGCCUGGUGCUGUGAUUGUCAGAGUAGAAGAAUGCAGUCAUCCAGUCGUGAUGAAGGGGCUGUGUGCUGAAUGUGGUCAGGACCUCACACAGAUGCAGAGUAAUAAUGGGAGGCAGCAGGCUCACAUCUCCACGGCAAACGUUUCCAUGGUGCACAGUGUCCCCGAGUUGAUGGUCAGCUCUGAGCAAGCGGAGCAGUUGGGCAGAGAGGACCAGCAGAGACUCCACAGGAACAAGAAGCUGGUUCUUAUGGUUGAUCUGGACCAAACCCUGAUCCACACCACCGAGCAUCACUGUCAGCGCAUGUCCAAUAAGGGAAUCUUCCACUUCCAGCUGGGGCGGGGGGAGCCCAUGUUACACACACGACUGCGUCCGAACUGCAAAGACUUCCUGGAGAAGAUCGCCCAGCUCUAUGAGCUGCAUGUCUUCACUUUCGGAAGCCGCCUCUAUGCGCACACCAUCGCAGGCUUCCUGGACCCUGAGAUGAAGCUGUUCUCCCACAGGAUCCUGUCCAGAGACGAAUGCAUCGACCCCUUCUCCAAGACGGGGAACCUGAGGAAUCUGUUCCCGUGUGGUGACUCGAUGGUAUGUAUUAUAGAUGAUCGGGAGGACGUGUGGAAGUUUGCUCCCAACCUGAUCACUGUGAAGAAGUACGUCUACUUCCAGGGCACAGGAGACAUCAACGCUCCGCCCGGGUCUAAAGAGUCCCAGCAGGCAAGGAAAGCCGGCAGCCAGGCCAGCCGACCGGCAGAGGCCUCGGAAGCAGCAGUAACGCCCGGGCCUACAGCGGGGUCGUCUGCGUCAGAGGAGCGGAGUAACGGCCGUAAGAAACAGCGGUCUAAAGACCACAACAACGGCGGGAGGGUGGCGUCAACAGCCCCCUCAGCCACUCAGGAAGCAGCAGCCAAUGAACGGACUCAACCGGGCGAGGCUGUGGAGGAGGGGCGGGGCGGGGGGGCCGAUGCCAGCACGGCAGCACAGGUGAGCGACAGGACAAAUGUGAAAGAGGAUGUGCAAGGAGAAGAGGAUGGCAGCAGGACAGUGGGCUCAGAGGAGGAAGCUCCUCCUACAUCCUCCACUCCUCCAGACCUCCAUGAGCCCAACAGCAACCUGGACUUUGACCUGUCCAGCGACUCUGACUCUGUAACGUGUAAUCCACCCUCAUCAGACAGUGAGGGGGAGUACAGCCAGACCAGGAAGUCCAAACAGGAAGGGGUGGAGCAGGCGGCAGUAGAGGAGCCAUCAGGCGGGGCUGGAGGAAAGGAAGAGGGGGGUAUUAAGCAGAAGCGCACCGGGGAGAACAGCUCUGAGGUAGGAGGGGAGACGUCUGUGCUUGUCCUCCCUCCUGAGCAGGAGAACGGGCGCUCAGAACGGAGGGAGGCUGAGACAAAGUCCCAGAACAGUGAACAGUCAGGAGUCACCAUGGAGGAGGAGGAGGAGGUGGACCAGGAUAACCACCUCAUCUAUCUACAAGAAGUGCUGGAGCGUAUCCAUGGAGAAUACUACGCCCGCUACAGCGCCUUCCUCAGGAAGGAACGCCCAGAGACGCCUGAUAUCAGGAAGGAACGCCCAGAGACGCCUGAUAUCAGGAAGGAACGCCCAGAGACGCCUGAUAUCAGGAAGGAACGCCCAGAGACGCCUGAUAUCAGGAAGGAACGCCCAGAGACGCCUGAUAUCAGGAAGGAACGCCCAGAGACGCCUGAUAUCAGGAAGGAACGCCCAGAGACGCCUGAUAUCAGGAAGGAACGCCCAGAGACGCCUGAUAUCAGGAAGGAACGCCCAGAGACGCCUGAUAUCAGGAAGAUCGUCCCGGAGCUGAAGGCCCGGAGCCUGGAGGGCACCACCAUUGUGUUCUCUGGGCUGUACCCCACCAACUACCCAAUGGAGAGAACCAGGGAGAACUACCACGCCAAGGCCCUGGGUGCAAAGAUAGGCAAGAGCCUCCUGCUCAGCUCUAAAGACCCUGGCAGAACCACGCACCUCAUUGCUGCUAGAGCAGGUACAGAGAAGGUGCGUCAGGCCCAAGGCUGUAAACGCCUCCAUGUGGUGAAUCCUGACUGGCUGUGGGGAUGUCUGGAGCGCUGGGAAAGGGUGGAUGAAUCACUGUAUCCACUGAAGGAGGACUACACCAAGACCCAACGGAGCAACAGCCCAGCCACGUUCCCUGACCACCAAGGGUCCUUCCAGAACCCCCCGGCCCCCCUCCACCUCCCCCCUCCAGCUGCCCCUGAGGUGCGGACGUACGACCCGGUCACGGGGAAGCUGAUUCGCCGCGGGCUUCAGGCCUCCAGACCACCAUCUUACCUCCAGGCCUCCAUGUCUGCUGCCCACGGUGACCAGACAUCCCUGAGGGGGGGUCAGAAGGACCAGCAGGGGGAGACGGCGGGUCCCUCCAGUCGAGACGAGGAGCAGCCUGGACCCUCCUUCCGCCGGAGGGAACGCCAGCCCAGCAUGUCAGAGACCAACCCUCUCUACACAUUCUGUAAAGAAGACCUGGACAGCAUGGACAAGGAGGUGGACGACAUGCUCGAUGAGGAGAGCGACGAGGAGGGAGAAGGCCGGGGGAAGAAGACGAUGGAAGAGGAGAUGGGGGAAGAAGAGGGGCAGCGGCCAAAGGGUAGUGGACAGAGCACUGAGGGAGAAAAGCACCACCAACGGCACCACCACCACGAGCAGCAGCACCAUGACCAGCUGAAGCAGCACUAUCACCAGCUGCAGCAGCAGGGUCUGGCUACCGUUGUAGAGGAGACUGAGAAAACACAGACACCGCCUAGUCACCAGGGCGGUGCAACGACGGCGGACAGCGUGCCAAGGGGACAGAAGCGCAAGCUUGCUGAGGCCAAGGAGGAGGAAGAGGGGGAGUCGGCGGACGAGUCCACCAAGGAUUCUAAUGAGGAAGAGGAAGGAAGCAGCUCAGAGGCUGAUGAGAUGGCUGCUGCCCUGGAUGCGGAGCUCAACGACUUCAUUUGACAAGGAUGAAUUUGAUUGGACAAAAGAACUGGGGCGUUUGAUUGGACGUUUGUGAACGAUGCCUCACAGAAACACUCUUAAUUUCCCCAGCAGAUUUACGUCCAGGUGGUGCCUGAAUCUUUGUCUCUACGCUGUGUGUGUGGAUGUGUUUUAACGAGGUUGUGUUGUACAGAAUGAAAAGGUAGGUUAGUACAGUAGGAAAACGUCGGUGUGUAAAUAUAUGCUCAAAAAAAUAAAGGGAACACUAAAAUAACACAUCCUAGAUCUGAAUGAAUGAAAUAUUCUUAUUAAAUACUUUUUUCUUUACAUAGUUGAAUGUGCUGACAACAAAAUCACACAAAAAUGAUCAAUGGAAAUCAAAUUUAUCAACACAUGGAGGUCUGGAUUUGGAGUCACACUCAAAAUUAAAGUGGAAAACCACACUACAGGCUGAUCCAACUUUGAUGUACUGUCCUUAAAACAAAUGAGGUUCAGUAGUGUGUGUGGCCUCCACGUGCCUGUAUGACCUCCCUACAACGCCUGGGCAUGCUCCUGAUGAGGUGGCGGAUGGUCUCCUGAGGGAUCUCCUCCCAGACCUGGACUAAAGCAUCCACCAACUCCUGGACAGUCUGUGGUGCAACGUGGCGUUGGUGGAUGGAGUGAAACAUGAUGUCCCAGAUGUGCUCAAUUGGAUUCAGGUCUGGGGAACGGGCGGGCCAGUCCACAGCGUCAAUGCCUUCCUCUUGCAGGAACUGCUGACACACUCCAGCCACAUGAGGUCUAGCAUUGUCUUUUAUUAGGAAAAGACAAGCAUAUGGUCUCACAAGGGGUCUGAGGAUCUCAUCUCGGUACCUAAUGGCUGUCAGGCUACCUCCUGCGAGCACAUGGAGGGUUGUGCGGCCCCCCCAAAGAAAUGCCGCCCCACACCAUGAGUGACCCACCGCCAAACCGGUCAUGCUGGAGGAUGUUGCAGGCAGCAGAACGUUCUCCACGGUGUUUCCAGACUCUGUCACGUCUAUCACGUGCUCAGUGUGAACCUGCUUUCAUCUGUGAAGAGCACAGGGCGCCAGUGGCGAAUUUUCCGAUCUUGUUGUUGUCUGGCAAAUGCCAAACGUACUGCUUGGUUGGGCUGUAAGCACAACCCCCACCUGUGGACGUCGGGCCCUCAUACCACCCUCAUGGAGUCUGUUUCUGACCGUUUGAGCAGACACAUGCACAUUUGUGGCCUGCUGGAGGUCAUUUUGCAGGGCUCUGGCAGUGCUCCUCCUUGCACAAAGGCAGAGGUAGCGGUCCUGCUGCUGGGUUGUUGCCCUCCUACGGCCUCCUCCACGUCUCCUGAUGUACUGGCCUGUCUCCUGGUAGCGCCUCCAUGCUCUGGACACUACGCUGACAGACACAGCAAACCUUCUUGCCACAGCUCGCAUUGAGGUGCCAUCCUGGAUGAGCUGCACUACCUGAGCCACUUGUGUGGGUUGUAGACUCCGUCUCAUGCUACCACUAGAGUGAAAGCACCGCCAGCAUUCAAAAGUGACCAAAACAUCAGCCAGGAAGCAUAGGAACUGAGAAGUGGUCUGCGGUCCCCACCUGCAGAACCACUCCUUUAUUGAGGGUGUCUUGCUAAUUGCCUAUAAUUUCCACCUGUUGUCUAUUCCAUUUGCACAACAGCAUGUGACAUUUAUUGUCAAUCAGUGUUGCUUCCUAAGUGGACAGUUUGAUUUCACAGAAGUGUGAUUGACUUGGAGUUAAAUUGUGUUGUUUAAGUGUUCACUUAAUUUUUUUGAGCAGUGUAGUUGUAGAUAAUUUUUAGGGUUAAUGUAGAAACUUUCGACAGUUUUAUUGUAAGAUAAAGAAAUAGGAGAGAUUUUGGCUAAUUUAGUAUUACUUGAGGUUUUUUUUUCACAUUAAAGACUUUUAUAUAAAUUCAACAAAUUACUUAAUUCAUUGGUCGUAUGAUGCCAAAGAGUUUGAACUAGACCAAUCAGAGCCUGCAGCUAAAGAUUUUACUCUGACAUCACAUCCUGUGUUCCUAUUUCCUGUUGUUUUUUAGGGGUGAACCAUUAAAACAUUGUUACCAGCAGAA